UGAAAGUAUUCAGAGUUCAGACUCCAUUUUGACAGAAGAACAGAAGACGUCUGGUUCAGGACUGACUGAAGUUCACAGGAUGAGUCUGAGUGUGGAUGAAGAGGAGGACGGAGCAGAGUUAUCCCAUGAUACAAACAGGGGGGGGCAUGGAGAGUUUUCGUCCUCCGAAGGGGAGCCUGAGAGAACAAGACUGAGAACCAGUGCCAUAAAGGAACCUCCAGGGGGCAGUAAUGAACCAGGACCCUCUGAUCCACAAGGUCAGUAUAACAGACCCAGAGCAGAGUCUCCAGUGUCCACAUGUCUGUCCAUGAAGAGUGACCGGUCCAUGUGGAGACCUCCAAACUUCAGUCCUGAACCUGGACCUUCAGACACAGAAGGUCAGUAUAACAGACCCAGAGCAGAGUGUCCAGUGUCCACAUGUCUGUCCAUGAAGAGUGACCGGUCCAAGGAUGAUCCUCCAGACUUUAGUCCUGAACCUGGACCUUCAGACACAGAAGAGACGGAGAGGACUCAUGUUCCUGAGGUGGACCAACCAUCCUGUUCUUUGUGUCAGAAGGUCCAGAGUGAUCCGGUCCGGACCAGCUGUGGACACUGGUUGUGCAGACAGUGCAUCACUUCAUACUGGGACCAGUCUGGUUCAUCAGGAGACUCCUCCUGUCCCCAGUGUGAAGAAACAUCCAGAACAAGAGCUGAGCUGCAGAUCCACAGCUCUGUCCAAAUUGAACAUAAACUCAGUCUGAGGAGCAGAUGUGAAUGUGUGACUGAAGGAACUGAGGAAACAGGAAGUAGAACCCGUCUAAACCGGAUCUACACUGAGCUCUACAUCACAGAGGGACAGAGUGAAGACGUUCAUACCCAACAUGAGGUGAGGACGCUGGAGACAGUUUCCAAGAAGAUCAUCCAAGAAAGGCCAAUCAGGUGUCAGGACAUCUUCAAAGCCUUACCCGAGCAGCAGAAACCCAUCAGAGUGGUUCUGACCAACGGCGUGGCUGGAGUUGGAAAAACCUUCUCGGUGCUGAAGUUCACUCUGGACUGGGCCGAGGGUUUAGAAAACCAGGACGUCAGUCUGGUGGUUCUGCUGUCCUUCAGAGAGCUGAACCUGGUCACAGAUGAGCAGUACAGUCUGCUGACGCUGCUCCAUGUUUUCCAUCCAACAUUACAGAAGGUCACAGCAGAGCAGAUCAGCGUCUGCAAACUUGUGUUCAUCUGUGACGGCCUGGAUGAAAGCAGACUGUCACUGGAUUUCCACCACUGUCAGGUUGUUUCAGACGUCACUCACAAGUCAUCAGUCAACGUCCUGUUGACCAACCUCAUCAAGGGGAACCUGCUUCCAUCAGCUCUCAUCUGGAUAACAUCUCGACCUGCAGCAGCCAAUCAGAUCCCUCCUUCAUGUGUGGACAGGGUAACAGAGGUCCGAGGCUUCACCACUGAUGACCAGAAGGAGGAGUACUUCAAGAAGAGAUCCAGUGAUGAAGAUCUGUCCAACAAAAUGAUCUCACACAUCAAGACAUCCAGGAGCCUCCACAUCAUGUGUCAAAUCCCAGUCUUCUGCUGGAUCAGUUCUACAGUUCUGGAGCACAUGUUGACUUCAGAGCAGAGAGAAGAGCUGCCCAAGACCCUGACAGACCUGUACUCACACUUCAUCAUGGUCCAGACAAAGAGGAAGAAGAAGUACAAAAAAGGACAUGAAACAAGUGUAGAAGAGCUGACAAAGGCAGACAUGGAAGUCCUUCUGAAGUUGGGGAGGCUGGCGUUUGAACAACUGGAGAAAAGAAACAUGAUGUUCUACCAAGAAGACCUGGAUCAGUGUGGUCUGGACGUCACAGAGGCCUUGGUGUACUCAGGAGUUUGUACAGAGAUCUUCAAAACAGAGACUGUAAUCUUCCAGAAAACAAUCUACAGCUUUGUUCACCUGAGUGUUCAGGAGUUUCUGGCUGCAGUCUACAUCUACCACUGUUACACCAGCAACAACAAUGAGGUUCUGGAGAGGUUGGUAGGAGACGUACCUUCCAUGUGCGUGAGGCGUUUCAGAGUCACUUUUAGCCUCAGUGACAGCCUGGAUGUUUUCCUUGCUGAAGUCAUGUUGAAAUCCCUUGAGAGUGAGAACGGACACCUGGAUCUGUUUGUUCGUUUCCUUCAUGGCCUCUGUCUGGAGUCCAACCACAGACUUUUAGGAGGUCUGCUGGGUCCAAAAGAGAACAGACCAGAGAGCAUCCAUAAAGUCAUCAUGAACCUGAAGCAGAUGAACACUGAGGACAUCUGUCCUGACAGAAGCAUCAACAUCUUCCACUGUCUGACGGAGAUGAAGGACCAAACAGUCCAUCAGAAGAUCCAAGAGUUCCUGAAGUCAGAGAACAGAUCACAGAAGGAACUGUCUGAGAUCCAGUGUUCAGCUCUGGCCUACAUGUUGCAGAUGUCAGAGGAGGUUCUGGAUGAACUGAACCUGAAGAAGUACAACACAUCAGAUGAAGGAAGACGCAGACUGAUCCCAGCUGUGAGGAACUGCAGAGAGGCCGAACUUUCUGCCUGUAGACUCUCACAGACUCACUGUGAAGUUGUGGCCUCAGCUCUGAAGUCUAAUCCUUCACAUCUGAGACUUUUGGAUCUGAGUUUCAACGACCUACAGGAUUCAGGAGUGAAACUGGCGUCUGGACUGGAGAGUCCAAACUGCAGACUGGAAACUCUGAGGUUGAAUAACUGCAGUUUAUCACAGAUCAGCUGUUCUUCUGUGGCCUCAGCUCUGAAGUCCAAUCCUUCACAUCUGAUAAAACUGAGUCUGAGUGGAAACAACCUCCAGGAUUCAUCAGUGAAGGAGCUGUGUGAUUUCCUGCAGAGUCCACAUUGUAAACUACAGGAUCUGAGGUUGAAUUACUGCAGUUUGUCCAAAAUCAGCUGUUCUUAUCUGGCGGCAGCUCUGAAGUCCAAUCCCUCACAUCUGAUAAAACUCGACUUACGUCUGAACAACCUGUUUGAUUCAGAUGUUAAAGAACUGGAGGACCUUGUUCAGAGUCCACACUGUAAACUGGAGAAACUGGAAUGGAGGUGGUGAUCUGUGGAACAGUCACUGUGAUCAGGACUGUGUGAGGAUCAGCUGAGUCCAGAUGAUCGACAGAUGUGAAAGCAGCAGCACAUCCUCACUUCAUCUCCUCCACUCCUCACUUUUUCUCCUCCACUCCUCAGUUCUUCUCCUCCCUUCUUCUCCUCCACUCCUCAGUUCUUCUCCUCCCUUCUUCUCCUCCACUCCUCAGUUCUUCUC